UAUGGGUUUGUUGAAUUUGAUGACCCCCGUGAUGCAGACGAUGCUGUGUAUGACUUGAACGGCAAGGAGUUGUGUGGGGAAAGGGUCAUUGUGGAGCACACCAAGGGACCUCGUCGUGAUGGCGGUUAUGGUGGAAGAAAGUCCUUUGCUGACUGCCUGCCCCUAUUGCUGGCCAUGGUGUCCCCCUUUCCAAGAGUGUGGUUUGACCAUUCUGGGCCCCUGGGCAGACCAAAAAAGGGAGCCAUUGUGAAUGAAGACCGCUUUUCCCAUUAGGCCCAGGCCGGGUGGUGAGGAUGCCAUGGGGUUAGGAACAGAUGUGGGUUCAGCUCUUAUAGGUGGAUAUGGGCGCUGGGGAAGAGACAGAUAUGGUCCACCGAUAAGGACAGAUUAUCGGCUCAUUGUUGAGAAUCUUUCCAGCCGCUGCAGCUGGCAGGACUUGAAGGACUACAUGAGGCAGGCAGGGGAGGUGACUUACGCUGACACCCACAAGGGCCGGAGGAAUGAGGGGGUGAUAGAGUUCAGGCUUUACUCUGACAUGAAGAGGGCUCUGGAGAAGCUCGAUGGCACAGAAGUGAACGGUAGAAAGAUCCGGCUCAUUGAGGACCGGCCUGGAGCCAAGCGCAGACGCUCUUAUUCUCGCAGUCGCAGCCGCUCCAGGUCCCGCUCCAGGAGCCGCAGGUCUCGCAAGAGCCACAGCCGCAGUGAGAGCAGCAGUCGCAGCCGCUCCCACUCCAGAGCGGCUUCCCGCUCCCGCAGCCGAUCUCGUAGCAAGAAGAAUAAGGCCAAGAGCAAGAAGGAGGAAGAAGAGCGCAGCAACGGCGCUCAGAAGAACAAGGACCGCAGCAGGAGUCGCAGCCCCAAGAGCAAAAAGAGCAAGAAAGACGGGAAGAAGAGCAAGAAGGACGAUUCCAGGUCCAGGUCUCGCUCUUUGUCCAGGUCUCGUUCUAGAUCAGGAAUUAAGGAUCGCUCUAGGAAAUCUGGCUCAAAGGGCCGUGAGCCGCCCAAGAGUGACGACGAGGGAGGCGAGCCUGAGAGGGGCUCUCGCUCCCGUUCACACUCGCCUGCUGAAUCCAAAUCCAGAGCCAGGUCUAAAUCGAAGUCCAAAUCCAAAUCCCGUUCCCCCUCACCUGCCAAAGCCCGCUCCCACUCCCGAUCCGCCUCCCGCUCAGAGUCCCGCUCCAAAUCCCGCUCCCAGUCUCGUUCUCGCUCCCGUUCCCGCUCUUAGUUCAGAUUUUGGACUGUUUGUCAUGAGCCCUUAUCCCAGUGUCGCCCCCUGUCCUCCAUUCCCCGACCCCCACAACACUAUCCCCGCCUCCUGUUUUUUGAUAAAUAGCUGUAGAAUACCAGGCACUCGUGCUCGAUGUCUUUUAUGCACACGCUACUCCAUUUCAUUUGACUUUUACUCUACAUAUUUUUUCAUUAGAGCUGUCUUGUAUGGAGGUGUCUGUAAAAUAACAGGGUGCAAUCUCAGUUUUAUAAGUUUAAAUGAUGGUAUGGUAUGUGUCUUAGCCUUUUUUUAAUCAAAAAUAGAAGCAUACUGUUGUCAAAAUGCUGGGUGGGAAUAUGUUCUAACAUCUUCUCACCUUUUGUGAAAUCCUUGUAUCAUUUUAUUUCAAAUAAAAAAAAAAUGCCUGUAA